AUGAAUAAGGAACAGGCUGACUACAGGCUGCUUCAAGAUAUUAAUUCUGUAGUUAGGCAAUUUGGUAAAUCUCUUACUGAUUAUAAUCUUCCUCAUUUAGACGAAAUACCCCCAGCUGAAAACAUUUAUGUAGCUAUGGAAGUUAAAAGAGCUUCUCAACUAAGGGGUCAACUUACUGACGAACAGACUGCACUGGCUAAUGCAGUCAUAGAAGCUGUUGUAAAUGUUGCUAACAAUGCAGCCCAAAAUAACCGUCUGUUUUAUUUAGAAGGUGCUGGUGGCGGUUUCCAAGUUGGAACAGAUGCAUUUACUGGCAUACCUGCAACACUUUUGAAAAAGGGUACCACCAAUCAUAGACUAUUCCGGUUACCUGUUUCCAUUGUAGAGAAUAGUGGUGAUUUUUCACAGUUAGUGCAUGUUGUCAGAAAAGGAAAACCAACUGAAAUUGUGGACAUGUGUUUAAAAAGUUCUCCCUCAUGGCACUUAGUUAAAGAAUUUCGAUUACUUCGAAACAUGAGAACGAGGCCAGUGGAACAACAACUUGCUGCAUGGCUUCGGCAACUUGGAAAAGGUGUUUUACCUGUUCGGGAGCAAGAACCUUUCCCAGGUGCAAUUAAAGUACCAUCCCAAUGUGUGAUACAAUAUGAAUUUAUUGUUGAUACUUUAUUUAGGGAUCUUUUACCGGAAAUUAUGGCAUCAUCUGUGGUACUAACACCCACAAAUGAUGAUUCACUUAUCAUUAAUGAUAAUAUGUUGGCGCUGUUGCUUGGUGAAGAAAAAAAACAUAAACAUAAAGGUUUAUAUAAUGGCACUCGCCUUAUUGUAAGAUAUCUUCACGACAACUGUGUCGAUGCAGAAGUUCUCACUGGAAAUGCUAUUGGAGACAGGGUACUUAUUCCAAGGGUAUAA